AUGUCUGCCCCCGCCAGCAAGUUCAAGGUCGCCGACCUGUCCCUCGCUGCCUUUGGCCGCAAGGAGAUUGAGCUCGCUGAGAAUGAGAUGCCCGGUCUGAUGGCCACUCGUGCCAAGUAUGCCGACGAUCAGCCUCUCAAGGGCGCCCGCAUUGCCGGCUGCUUGCACAUGACCAUCCAGACCGCUGUGCUGAUCGAGACUCUUGUGGCCCUCGGUGCUGAGGUUACCUGGACCAGCUGCAACAUCUUCUCCACCCAAGACCAUGCUGCUGCUGCCAUUGCCGCAGCUGGCGUACCCGUUUUCGCGUGGAAGGGCGAGACCGAGGAGGAGUACAACUGGUGCUUGGAGCAGCAGCUCGUCGCCUUCAAGGAUGGCAAGAAGCUGAAUCUGAUCCUCGACGACGGCGGUGACCUGACCCAGCUCGUCCACGCCAAAUACCCCGAGAUGCUCAAGGACUGCUACGGUCUUUCUGAGGAGACCACCACCGGUGUUCACCACCUGUACCGCAUGCUGAAGGACGGCAAGCUGCUGGUGCCCGCCAUCAAUGUCAAUGACUCCGUCACCAAGUCCAAGUUCGACAACCUGUACGGCUGCCGUGAGUCCCUGAUUGACGGUAUCAAGCGUGCCACCGAUGUCAUGAUUGCUGGCAAGAUCGCUGUCGUUGCUGGUUUCGGUGAUGUUGGCAAGGGCUGCGCCAUGGCCCUGCACGGCAUGGGUGCCCGCGUCCUGGUCACCGAGAUCGACCCAAUUAACGCCCUCCAGGCUGCUAUGGCUGGUUACCAGGUCACCACCAUGGAGAAGGCCGCUCAGGUCGGCCAGAUCUUUGUCACUACCACUGGCUGCCGUGACAUCCUAGUUGGCAAGCACUUCGAGGCUAUGCCCAACGACGCCAUUGUUUGCAACAUUGGCCACUUCGAUGUUGAGAUUGACGUUGCCUGGCUCAAGGCCAACGCCAAGAGCGUUCAGAACAUCAAGCCUCAGGUCGACCGCUUCACCAUGGCCAGCGGCCGCCACAUCAUCCUCCUGGCUGAGGGUCGUCUUGUCAACCUUGGCUGUGCCACCGGCCACUCCUCUUUCGUUAUGUCAUGCUCUUUCACCAACCAGGUUCUGGCCCAGAUCAUGUUGUUCAAGAAUGAGGACGCCGCCUUCUCCAAGAAGUACGUUGAGUUCGCCAAAUCUGGCAAGCUCGAGAAGCAGGUCUACGUCCUCCCCAAGAUCCUCGACGAGGAGGUCGCUAAGCUACACCUUGACCACGUCAAUGCUGAGCUGUCCACUCUCACCAACGUACAGGCUGAGUACCUUGGUCUCCAGCCUGAGGGUCCCUACAAGAGUGACCACUAUCGCUACUAA